AUGGGCAAAUACUCUGAAGACCCAGCAUGGGCCGACGUCGUGCCUCUCCCCACCGACGAAGGCGGCCCAAACCCUCUCGCGGCAAUCGCCUACAGCGAUGAAUACGGCGAAGCAAUGUCCUACCUCCGCGCCGUCAUGGCCGCCAACGAAUUCUCUCCACGCGUGCUCGAACUCACCGACGAUCUCAUCGACAUGAACCCCGCCCACUACACUGUCUGGCUGUACCGCGCGCAAUGCAUAUUCGAGCUCAAUUACCCUCUCGAAGAGGAGCUCGCGUGGCUGAAUGAGACGGCUCUCGCACAUCAGAAGAACUACCAGAUUUGGCACCACAGAAACCUCAUCGUGGACAAGCUUGGAAAGUGGCAGGGCGAGGCAGAGUUUGUGGAGCGUAUGUUUGAGCUGGAUGCGAAGAAUUACCAUGUCUGGAGCUAUCGACAGUGGCUGGUCAAGAGGUUUGGAUUGUGGGAAGAGGGGGAGCUGGAGUUUACGGAGAGGAUGUUGGAGAAGGAUGUGAGGAACAACAGUGCGUGGAAUCAUCGGUGGUAUAUUGUCAAUGGGAGAGAGGCAGAGGGUGUCAAGGGUGUCACGGACGAAGGCAUCAGGGCACGGGAGAUUGAGUUCGCGAAGAAGGCUAUUGCGAAGGCACCGCAGAAUGCGAGCCCUUGGAGUUACCUCAGAGGCAUUGUGAGGAGGAGUGGCAUGCCACUGGCCAGUCUCAAGGAGCUUGUAUCGCCAUACGCGGAUACCACAACCCCAGAUGGUGUCCGGUCGAGCCAUGCACUGGAUCUUCUCGUUGACGUUCUCGCCGAGGAGGCUGAUGGUAAGCAGAAGGCCAGAGAUGCACUGGAUCUGCUGUCGACCAAGUACGAUCCGAUCAGGAAGAACUACUGGGAGUAUCGCAAGGGCCUGCUUGGAGAUGUCGUCAUUGCAAGCACUGCUGCUUGA